CCAUAAAAUGAACAUUUACGACAUUCGAUAUCUCAAUCGAAACCUGAAAUCGCUACAUCCUAUUACAGAAUCAUGGUCUGUAUUCAGGAGACGAUGCUUCAUUUUCAAUCUCUCCCAUGCAAAUUAACGUCAUGAAAUCGUACAUGAAUACGUACUUCAGCAUGUAUCUACCCCCCUUUACUCUCCUAAUUCUCUCUAUCUAGGGUCACAUAUUGAUCUCCUGUAGCAUUCCGGAGUACUUUAAAUGAUGCUCCCUAUGCAAAACAAAUCUUUUGCCAUGGGUGAAAAAGUAGAUAAAUAGCCGGUCGUCCUCAAAAGAUUGCUUCCAUCCCUUCUACCACAACUCAUCCUCUUUUCCAUUCCUUUUCGGAACAGCAUGCGUUGUAAUAAAGUUCUUAUCGCUUUUGCAUUUAUCGCCAUUGCAGCAAGUGUCAAUGCUGCUCCGGUCGAUUUGCCAUUACAAAACGUUCAAGGUCUCGCUCCAUCUUUGACGUCUUUGACAAAUUUGAACAGUUUACAAGGUCUCAGUCCACAAGUCUUGUCCUCUUUAGGUGAUGGAAAAAAUCCCGCUUUAAACUUGGGCGAUCUGAAUAAACAAUUGUCAAGUGUCACACAAGGUUUGCCAUUACAAAGUUUGCCUGUAGGAGGUGCACUUGGCAAAACAUCUGGACUUGAUUUAAGCACGGUCAAUCAAUUGUUGUCUAGUGGUGCUUUAUCAGGAGCCAACGCUUCACCUGCAAAGCCACAACGUCGUGCAGAUAACGGCGGUUUAGGUCUGGCGCAGCCAAGUCAAAUCUCAAACCAAUUGAUUGGUACAGUCACCGGGACAGUUCAAAAAGCUGGAAGUGUUCUUCCAACCGGAAAGUCUAAACGUGAUGAAGCUACAACAAGUCAAAGUGGUUUGGUUCCAAACACUAAUGCUUUGACAAACACCAUCACAGGAAUCGUGACUUAUCCAACUACUUUAUUCGGAGGAGUUGGGGGCAAGAAUACUAAUUCAGUCCAACCCCAAUCUCGUCAAGAUAGCGGUUUGAGCCCAACUCAGGUCCAACAAAUCACCAGUAGUAUCAUGGACUCAAUCACUAAGUUCAUGCCGAUGGGAAAUACCGGUACCACAACAGGUACCACUUCAGGUACUACUUCUACUACUGGCGUCGUUCCAAACAUGCGCCGUGAUGGAAGUAACAUGCUCAGUGGCUUGACAGACGGUAUUACAUCAGUCUUUACCAACCCAUCGAGCUUAUUCGGAGGGGACAGCAAAAAGACCCAAUCAGUUCAACCUCAACCUCGUCAAGAAAGCGCAAACGCCUUGACUCCAAGUCAAGUACAUCAAAUCACUAGUCAAAUCCUUGACUCGAUCAACAAAUUCGUGCCAAUAGGAAACAUGGGUACUACCUCAGGUACUACUUCAAGUACUACUUCAGGUACUACCUCUACUAACGGUAUUGUUCCAAACUUACGCCGUGACGAUGCAACGAGUCAAAGUGGUCUUGGAAUGGUUCCUGAUAUGGUCGGUUUGAGUGAUAGCAUCGCCAGGAUCUUGUCGUCUGCUAAUUUCCCAGCUUUAGGAGGCCAAACUAGUAGUGUAUCGACAACGCCAAAUGUCUCGAACACUACUCCUCAAUCGAGAUCGAUUGAAGGCGAACAAGAGUCGCACAAAGAUCGUCGUGCCGAAGACACAUCAAGUGGCUUAAGCCCUUUGCAAAUCGAUCAAAUCACCCAGCAAAUAACUGAUAGCAUCGGACAAAUCACAGGAGGCACAACACCUCAAGACACUAGCAGACAAUCAAGCAGUGUCACUCCAAGCAAUGUCACUCCAAACCGUCGUGCUGACGACACAUCAAGUGGCUUAAGCCCUUUGCAAAUCGAUCAAAUCACCAAGCAAAUAACUGAUAGCAUCGGACAAAUCACAGGAGGCACAACACCUCAAGACACGAGCAGACAAUCAAGCAAUGUCACUCCAAGCAAUGUCACUCCAGCAAUGUCACUCCAAACCGUCGUGCUGAUG